AUGAUGGUAGAGAAGGAGUGGGUUUGAGUAAAACCGAAAACCUUUUCUUUUUAUUAGAUGAAAAGCACGUAUAUAUAAAGAAAUCGGCAUUUCUGGCUUUUCAAUCAGUACGCUUCAGUUUCCUUUAUCAGAUCCAAUCUAAGUAGAAAGUUUCGGCAAUUUCACCAGAAAGAUCAAAGUCUGUUUAUUUUUGGGCACAUUGUGAUCUUCAAAUAGAAAAACAAAAAAAGUCUGCUUUUUGCAGUUAUUGAAGAUUCAGGCAGGUUGUUGGAGGGGACAUAUUGUCUGUGGUUUUAAAUGAUGGUCCGGUCGUCACCACGUAGGAACCAAAGAUCAAAAGGUUUCAAGGUGAAGCAUGCAAUACAAAUAUGUCUUCUGCUUGGUGUUGGAAUCUGGCUGCUUUACCAAGUCAGGCACUCUCGUGACAAGAAAGCAGCAUUUCAGGACAGCCCGAAAACUGGGAAUGACAUUGUGAAAUUAGUAGGGAGAAAGGGUCUUCCUGAAGUUGAGGAAAUAAUUAUUAGAGAUGCGAGGCACAAGGAGGAAGAAGAGGAAAGCAAGAAUGAUGAAGAAAUUAAGUCUGAUGAUAACGUGAAAAAUGUGGAUGGAGGUGAAGAGAUCCAGGAUCCUUUUCAUGAUAAAACAGAAGAGGGAGCUGAGCGGAGGGGAGAUUCUGUAGACUCAGAGAAUGUAAAUGAAGAAAGCAAGGAGAAUAUUGGUGAAGAGAUACAGAGGGAAGAUAGCAUAGAUAGCGUUGAUCACAAAACUGAGAGUGAAGAGAUCAAGGAGAUUGUUAGUGAAGAUCAGGUGACUGAAGAGAACAAAGGGAAUGAUGGUGUUGAUAAGGAGAGCAAAGAGACUGAUAAUGAACAAAGGAAAGAAGGGGAAGAUAAAAGCAAGGAUACUGAAGAGACCAUGGAGAAUAGUAGUCAGGAUAAGGAGAAUGAGGAAAGUAAAGAAACAGAAAGCCAAUAUAAGUCAACUGAAGAGAGCCAAGAAAACACCAUAGAAGAGAAGGUUAGAGUAGAGGAGAAUGGAGGAGGGAUGAUUAAAGAAGUUGUGGAGGAAAACGUGACAGAAACUAAAGUGAGAGAAGAUAAGGAAGAUAAAACUGAAAAUUUGGGCUCAACUGAAGAUCAGGUUACUGAUGGUCACAGUAAGGAGGCAAGAGAAGAGCAUUACAAUGGGGAUGAUGCUGCCAGUGCAGUUGUCCAUGAAUCUCAAAAUGUUGAUGCUCAAAAUGUAACACCUGGAGAAGAUAAAGGUAAUUUGGAAAAAACUAACGACUCAGAACAGGUAGAAAACAAAGAGAAGAAUGAGUCUGGCGUUGACAAUAAAACUGAGUUAGUUGAAGUCAAUCCCAAUGAACUUCCAAAUGCGAUAGAACAUGAACCUGUGGAAAAGAACAAUGCUACAAAUGUGACCAAUGAAGAGGUUGGCAGUGAAAACAAUAAACAAGAGCCCGUGGAGGGUUCCCAUGACACGCCCACAGGAGCAACAGAAUUGAAUGAACAACAGCAGGCGGGUUCUAACUCUAUUCCUGGUGCCUCAGAAAAUAUUGAUUUAACAUCUCUGGAUAUAUCCAAUACAACUCUGGUUCAAAAUGAAACACCAGAAAACAGAGAGUCAAAAGGAGAAGAGUCGUCUGUGAACGAUGUUGAACAAGUGCAAACAGAGAAAUCUGAUUCGGAUGCCAGCAGCCAGCAAUCAAGUUCAAAUGCAUCAACUUCCACUACUACCGAGAAUGUUGAUUCAGCUAAUCAAGAAUCAUCAGAUUCUAGCAAUUCUGAGUCUGUCGUGUCUGGUGGGGAAACUGCUAACCAAAAUGAUGAUGCAAUUCAGGGAGAAAAGCCUGAUGGUCAUUCUGGAGAAGGCAAUCAAGAAACUAUUCUAUCGUUAAACACAAACGAAGAUGCUGAUGCAGGGAAGAAGGAAAAUAUUGAUUCUUCGGGCUCCCAAGAGAAUGAAACAUCAUCAACUACAAAUAGAAAUGACGAUGCUAGUGAAAAGGAACAGGUUGAUUCUUCAGAGUCCAAAGAGAAAGAUGCAUCCUCAAACACAAACGACGAUGGUGAUGCCGCUGAGAAUCAGAAUGACAAUGCUGUUCAGAGCAACACUGACAAUGGUAACACAGACGACAACAAUGCCACAGAAAGCAACAAGAAUGAUAGCAGCAAUGCAAGUGACAAAACAGAUUCAAGCCUAGAACAAGUUAGUUCAUCUGAAUCUUCAAAAUCUCAAGAGGAGAGAGAAUCUUCAUCAGACACGAAUAGCAACAAUGAUGACAGCCACAAUGACUCGAACGAUUCAUCACAGAAUGAUUUGGUUGACUCUUCUGACUUGAAUAAUUCAUCCCAGAAUGAUUCAGUUGAUUCAUCACAUUCUUCAGUUUCUCAGGAAGAAAAAGAGGCUCGUACAGAUUUGGAUACCUUGCCAGAAACAGGAAACCAAGGGAUUAAUGCUGGGGAUGCGGCAGCAGCAGAGUGAAGUUUCUACUAGGUUAUAGUUUGACCAAAACAUAUUUUCGUCACUAAGAUUUUGUUUGCUUAUUCUGCCUGAGAUAAUCAGGUAAACUUGUAUGGUCCUUUAUUCACGCUUGUGCAUUUAUAAGAAUUAUAGGGUCUAAGGUAUGUUAUUGUCUUCUUAUUCUACCUAAGAGUACAUAAGUUAGAAAAUUUAUCUUUCCUAUGUAGUAAUCAGAGAUCUAUAUUUCCCGACAAAUUCUGUUAUUUACUCGAUGUUUUUAUUUAGUUAA